AUGUCUGCCUCUCGUUCCUCACUACCAUCCAAAAAGCGCAAAUCCACCAAUGAUGCCGUCCUCCCCCGCAUCCGCGAGUUGGAGACACUACUUACUGCCGCCGUGUCGAACAACGCCUCACUGAAUGCCCUGGCAGACCUUCUCGAUGUUGCGCUGGACCUGGAGGACGCUUCACAUCUCUGCAAAGCCAUAUAUGCACUCUACAGGGUCUUUGUUCUCAUCAUUUACAAUGGCUUGCUUACUGCGCGGCACUCGGCGGACGAGGAUAGCAGAGCAGUCCAUGCAUGGCUUGUCGAAAGGCUUAAUGCGUACAUCACCUUACUUUGCGGGCUGCUGAAAGAUACAGACUCUACCUUGAAGUCAUCCGCCCUCCAAAUACUUUUCUCACUGCAGAAACAUUUGUCGACUGCUGCAACGAAAUCUUCAUCCGAUGGAGAGGCAUCUCAACCGCAGUUCCACAUGUCACACUUUCGCAAAAUUGUAAAUGCUCUCCUCCGAUGUCCGCCCUCGCCACGCGACAAACUACUAGACGCAGAUGUCAUGAACACAUUUUUGCAGACAUUGUUCGACGUGCAUGAUGACAUACGGUGGUUCGUCCUGCGAGAAGCAGGAACUAUCCUCACAACACAAAUGGGCGAAAACGACUCAGACAUCGCACGCAAUGUUCUGAGCAUACUCGAGGGCCUCACGACCUUUCCGACUGAGCCCUCCGAGCUCAACACCUUCUGGGUCGAGGAGCUCAGUGCCCGACCCCCACUACCUAAGUCUGCAUCCACGAAUGACGAAUCUGCCAAAGGGGACGGGGCAGAAGAGGAAAACAAGUUGCCGCCGGAAGAUGACUGGCGCGCAUUCUUUGACCAAGAUCCUGCUGCAUCAGAUGUCACCAAAACUAAGGCUAAAGCUUCCGGUGCUCGUGUGCACACGCUCACAUUGCACCAAUCGCUGCACUCGCUGCAGUCUCAUCGUGCAGUGUUCACACGGACAUGGCUUGCGCUGCUAUCGCGGCUUACGACGCGGGCGGACGCGUUGCGCGUGUUGAACGUGCUACACCGCGGUGUGAUUCCCCAUCUGACGCGUCCUGUGCUUAUCAUGGACUGGGUGGGCUCUUGCGUCGACUACGGUGCGUCCCCUCGCGGCACGGUGGGCUUGCUAGCACUGAAUGCACUCUUCACUUUAAUGAAAGACUACAAUCUCGACUACCCAUCAUUCUACACCCGCCUCUAUACCUUUCUAGACCGGGAUGUUCUCCACCUCAAGCACCGCGCACGCUUCUUCCGACUGACUGAGCUCUUCCUCUCCUCUACGCACCUUCCAGCAGCCCUCGUCGCAGCAUUUGUUAAACGGCUAUCGCGGCUCUCGCUCAACUCACCACCAGCUGCCAUCGUGAUGAUCAUCCCAUUCACGUACAAUCUGCUCAAGCGUCAUCCAGCCUUGAUGCACAUGAUUCACCGCGUCGCUGACGACGACGAACGGAGCAAGGACCCCUUUUCCAUGGCUGAGCCCGUACCUGCGCUGUCUGGUGCGCUCGACUCUUCGCUGUGGGAGUUGUACACGCACACGCAGCAUUAUCACUCUGUCGUCGCCACACUGGCGUGCAUCUUCUCGGAGGCGUUCACGCGACCUUCGUAUGCGCUGGAAGACUUCCUCGACCAUACGUACGGCACGCUCAUUGAUUCUGAGAUCCAAAAGCGCAUCAGGAAGGAACCUGCAAUGGACACAGAUGCACGACCGAGUAAUAGGGGGGAUGUUACUGCCGAGUUGUGGGCUUUCUGA